UAUUAAAACAAGGCGCAGACUCCUCCGGGUGACUCACUCUGAUGCUCGCUUUUCCAUGCUGAAGCCCAGCAAGGACUGUUAAUCAGAUGAACUUUCGGGAAUUGUGUAGCCGACAGCGAGCAGCAUUCCACCCGCAGACAACAUGGCUUCAAACGCUCUCUGCGCGCUGUGCGGACUUAUUAUAGCGGCCGUGACCAACUUCUAUGGUGUGAGCGCAGAGAAAAAUCAGUGCCGCACCUCAGAGUUUUGGAACUCAGACUUGGACGUUUGUUUGCCGUGUACAUCAUGCAAGCAGUACCCAAAGACCCCGUCCUGCAACACAUGCAAAUCCGUGGAGGAGACACCUGAUGUGUGGAAACUGGCGGCCAUCACCAGCUUCUCAGUGCUGGCCGUGGUGCUGGUCGGCGCGGCGUUGAUUAUCGGGGUCAUGGUGCAUCGACGCAAGUCACACAAACGGCCUCUACGUGAACCCAUUGAAGAAACUGCAGGGCCACUUUAUCAAGCUUAAACAUUUCACCUCAACAUCCUCUGGAAACUGAUGUGACAGAACCACGGAGCGACUGGUUCAAAGCCGGACGGAGAAAAACUCUGGACCAUGAACUGUAUACUCUGACCGCAGAGCAUCUCUUGACCAGAAUCGGACCAUUUUAAUUUAUGAGACUCUUGAGUGAACUAGACGUGCUCAGUUCUCGCACUCAGCGUAGGUCCCACAAGUGACCACAGGACCUACAACAAGCAACUCUCACACCUCUGUAGGGAUAGUAACAUUUUGUUAGUGGUAUCAUUGUGCCUUAAUGUAAUGGAUAACUUCUGUUGAUUUACAGCCGUUUGACUCAGAAGUAAGAUGAAACUCCAGUCCCUUCCUCAGAGAGAGCGAUGCUUUAUCAAAUCCUGUAGUAUCGUGCUGUUUUCCAGCAGGACUCCGAUGAAUGUAACACAGCUACUGCUGCCUGCUGGGCUGCAGUUUGAUCUCCAGCACGUCGGUGGGGUUAGACGGGGUCGUUCUGCUGGUCAUUUACCACAACGGCCUCUUAAAGAUAAAUCACCAUGUGAGCAAGGCAUACUGUUAGGCACAUUAAGGCCGUUUGAAUGUAGCUACUUUUACAGAAAUGUGUUUUAGCUUUGACCCUGCCAGUACCUCUGUGUACCUUUUCUUUUUUUAGUAGUCACAUACAGUGAUGCUGUUGAUUAAAGGAGCAAACUGUAUAAUAACCAUUGUUAAUAAAUGGUAAAUUAAUAGUUAAUUACACUUUAGUUAAAGGGGCACUAUGCAGUUUUGGAGAGGAAAUUCAAACUCAGAGUUUCAAUAUUUGAAAUAUUAAUGAGGUGAUAACACAAACUCAGAA